ACCCCCGUUUCUGGUAUCGGGAAUUCGAGCAACGGCGGCCGAAUUAACAACGGCCGUCCAAAAGAAUCUGUCGAGGGAAUGGCAGGGCCAAGGAGAACUUGAAGAACGAACGGGAAAGAAAAGGCAUGCCCUUCGAACCAUCGGCCGGCCGUGAUCUCACGCGUGCUUACCGGCUGCUUCUAAUUAAGGACUCAUCCCCCGACGUUCGUCCUGAUGAUGCUCGGGAAUCCGUGGAAUUCACGGACCAUCGUCGUAGCGCUCGUCUACCUGAGCCUCUUCUUGGACAACGUGCUGCUCACCGUCGUUGUGCCGAUUAUUCCCGAUUACCUCUGCACCAUCGACGGGAAUUCGACGACAAACGCCGAGGAGGACGAGAACGGUCGAGUGGGAUUAUUGUUGAGCUCGAAGGCGCUGGUACAAUUAAUACUGAACCCGGCCGUGGGCACGUUAACUGGUACCCUGGGAUAUACCAAGCCAUUGUUCCUUGGAAAUAUAAGUCUCCUGCUGGCUGCCAUGCUGUUCGCGUUUGGACAAACGUACGAGGUCCUUUUCCUCGCUCGGAGUGUCCAAGGCAUAUCGUCCGCGUGUAUCGGAGUUUCCGGAAUGUCCCUGGUCGCCUCGCAAUACCCUGAAGAGGACAAAAGGUCGAAGAUCAUGGGCUUCGUCCUCGGAAGUAUUGCAUUAGGCGUCCUCGUCGGAUAUCCUAUUGGCUCGGUGCUCUACGACCUCGAGGGAAAAAUGGCACCCUUCCUGCUGGUCGCUUGCUUCAUUGUUGUCGCCAUAUGCUUGCAAAUUUUGGCGUUGGACAACGAAAUGCCAGUUCAGUUGAAGGAACAACAGACAUCGUGGACCCAUCUGCUGUCCGAUCCGCACGUCCUCAUAAUAGUGGGAGCUAUUUGGUGCUCGACGUCGCCGAUGGCCAUUUUGGAGCCCUGUCUGCCGAUAUGGUUGCGGUCCCACAUCAAGCCUAAGAAAUGGCAACUGGGCACCGUGUUCAUCCCGGACAGCGUCGGUUAUCUAGUCGGAACCAAUUUCUUCGGGAUGAUAACGUAUCGAUACGGACGCAGCAAGCUCGCUGUUUUAGCGAUGUUCGUCGUCGGCGUGAGCGCCAUUUUGAUUCCAUCGGCCAACACGAUGUCGCAGCUAAUAGUUCCGCAUUUGGGAAUGGGUUUGGGUAUCGGAGUGGCAGAUGCUGCUCUAGUGCCUCUGUUGGCUAGUUUGGUGGACCGUAAUGGCGAUUACGGUCCUAUUUACUCGAUUCAACAAGUGGCCGUCAGUUUGGCUUAUUCCCUUGGACCAAUUUUGGGUGGCGAAAUGGUGAAGGGGAUUGGUUUCCAAUGGGUGAUGGGUAUCGUCGGCUUAAUGAACGUUGCCUACUGUCCGCUGCUAAUAUACCUCGCCCUGGAGCGAGGAAAAUUAUUGAGGCAGGACGAUGAAAAGAGGGAUUACGAGACCUUCCAGAAAUCGGUGACGAACUACGAACGGUUUCACGACUCCGACGACGACCUCUGAUCCUUUUACAAGGACUUCUCAGGGGUGCAACAAUUUUCUAUCACUGGUUACAUCUCGGACAGAUCAAAUGAAUAACUGUAAUUUCAAGCAGACAACUUUUUAUCGAUAUACUCAGAGGAAAUAAAAGAAUAUCUAGUUUAAAUGAGAUCACAAAAUUCCAUGUAUUAUAUGACAUCUAUGAUCUAAUAAAUUAAUCGUAAAUUAAUAACGAAUUUAUGAUAAAUUCAUCGUGGAUUUCAGCAUAAAUUAAUCAUAAAUCAAGCAUAAGAUAAUUGUAAAUACAUCGUAGAUUAGUCGUAAGAGUAUCACAAGAGAAGGAGUUUCUUAAUCGAUUAAUUGUUGAUCUCCAAUCGAUGUUGCGUUAUUAUUAGACAGCGGGUUUCGUGCGUUUUUGACAAAGAUAUACUGAAUUAUAUAAACAUUUCAAGAAUUUCAAAAUACUGUGCAAUUGUGUUUGUUGGAAUCAUACCUGUACAGUAUACAUAGAUGAAAUAAAUAAAACGUCAGAAUAAUGUGCCAACA